AUGUCAUACGAAGCGAGAGUUGAGGAAGGGUCCGGCUCCCUGGCCGGCUCUGGCAAUGCAAACAAAUCAACCCUGUGGAAGAUCUGGACCCAUUCGUGGUUUCAGAUCAUCCUGAUGAGUUUCAUCUGCUUCUGUUGCCCGGGUAUGUACAAUGCCCUGAGUGGCCUGGGAGGUUCGGGUCAGGUUGACCAGACUGUCGCUGCCAACGCGACAGUGGCUCUGCUGGCUUGCACAGCAGGAACUGCUCUCUUCCUCGUCGGCCCUAUUUUCGAUCGUGUCGGACCCAGAGUGUGUCUCUUGAUCGGAGGAUGGACCUAUGCUUUGUACUCUGGCAGUCUCUUGUGUUUCAACUCUAAUAAUGGUGUCACAAUAGCCACUGGUAACGGUGGUUUCGUUAUCGCGUCCGGUGCCCUUCUCGGUGUGGGCGCAUCUUUUUUGUGGGUUGCUCAGGGUGCCAUCAUGACCACCUAUGUGCCCGAGAACCAGAAGGGACGUGCCAUCGCUGCCUUCUGGGUCAUCUUCAACCUGGGCGGCGGUGUUGGAUCGCUCGCUAGUUUCGGUCUCAACUUCAAGUCAACAACCGGCACUGUCAAUGACGGAACUUAUAUCGCCUUGCUUAUCAUCAUGGCGUUCGGAUGGAUCCUGGGAGUUCUCAUUUGCCCUCCCUCUUAUGUCCGAGUUGCCCAAUUGGAGGUGACACCCGAAAGCGAGAAGACCUGGCGCCAGAUUCUUCACCACUCCCUGAAGGUCAUCUGCAACUGGCGCGUGUUGUGCAUGUUGCCCCUCUUCUUCUCCGCCAACGUCUUCUAUUCCUACCAGCAGAAUGCAGUCAACGGCAUGAACUUCAACAUCCGCACCCGUUCGCUCAACGGUUCGCUUUACUGGAUUGCGCAGAUGCUGGGUGGUCUCGUGAUGGGUCUCAUUCUCGAUAUGCCAGGUCUCAACCGCCCGUGGCGCGCUCGUGUCGCUUGGGUGUUUUUGUUCGUAACCGGAAUGGCCAUCUGGGGUGGUGGUUACCAGUUCCAGAAGUGGUCCGAUGCCCGUCUUGUUCAGGGCUUCAAGCAGGAUAUCGACUAUACUCAGAGCGAUAUCUCAGUCGGCCCCAUGUUCCUUUACAUCUUUUAUGGUGCGUAUGAUGCGCUCUGGCAGUCAUUCUGCUACUGGCUUGUCGGUGCUCAGUCCAAUUCGCCAGCUGCCGCUGCCGUGUUGGUCGGGGCGUACAAGACCUUCCAGAGCACUGGAGGUGCCAUGGCUUGGCGUAUCAAUGCCAUGGAGAAGCCUGCCAUGACUCAGUUUGCUAUGAACUGGGGUCUUUGCAUGGGUUCGUUGGUUAUUGCCAUCCCUACCGUGUUGGCGAUCACCCUCACCAGUGAGCAUGAAUCAACCACCACGACCGGUGAGAAGGACCACCAAGACUCGAAGGAGGCCGAGGCAGAGGUUGUGAAGCCCUGA